AGUUCAAAAUGUUGGUUAUUGCAGGCGAUGCCGUGCUGAUGUUGUGACGUUAAGUGUUUUCCUACGCCGUGUGUGCCGGGAAGCUGAGAGAAUCGCGUAGCCUGCGCGCGAGGCCUGGGCGAGAUCACGCUCCGAAUUUUCGGCGAUUAUGGCUGCCGCCGCCGUGAGCUCCAAUGUGGAAAAUCUGUCGCCACAAAUCAUCCGCCGGGUAGCCAAGGAGAUGGCAGAGCUGGUCGCGCAAACACCUGAAGGUAUUCGUGUCAUUUUGAACGAGGCCGAUGUCACCGACAUACAAGCCGUCAUCGAAGGCCCAGCGGGGACUCCAUAUGCCAAUGGUUUCUUCAGAGUGAAAUUAGUUCUUGGAAAGGACUUUCCACAGGGACCGCCAAAGGCUUACUUCCUUACAAAAAUUUUUCACCCUAAUGUAGCAAAAAAUGGUGAAAUAUGUGUCAACACUUUAAAAAAGGAUUGGAAACCAGAUCUUGGGAUACAACAUAUAUUAUUGACUGUAAAAUGUCUACUAAUAGUGCCAAAUCCAGAAUCUGCUUUGAAUGAGGAAGCUGGCAAAUUGCUUUUAGAAAGUCAUGACGAGUAUUCAGAGCGAGCAAAAAUGAUGACUGAGAUACAUGCACAAGGAGGUGGAAAAGGAAGCAAGGCGGGUCUGGAAAGUUGCGCCUCUUCGGACACUGGAGGACCUCUUCCAAAAAAACAUGCAAGUGAUAAGAAACUAACAGCGGAAAAGAAAAAAAUGUUAAAAGAUAAGAAGAGGACACUGAAGAGAUUAUAAGGAAAAUUAAUAUUAUUUCUUCUGUCUUUUGUAAUUUAAAAUACUAGUAUGAUAAUGUUGCCU